UCUUGCUUUCGCUGCUCGCCCCUUCACCAUCACACGUCCAUCAGAGACGGGAAAAUCUGUAGUUCAUCAAAUAGAGCUCAGGACUCGGGCAUAGCUUGGCAGCGGCCUAGAGAGAAGAACUCGUCAUAGAAAGCAUUCGACGAAGGAGCGCGAGGCGUCGAAGCUAUCGCACGUGGACCGCAUGGCUCCACGACUACGUUUGGUCACGGUCGCUACAACAUUAGCCACCCUCGGUGCUGCACUGUGGCUCGUUCCAAACAUAAGGCGCCAAAAUUUUGCCGAGAUGGGUCGACGCAAUAAGGAAGCGCUGUACGAUCAGAGCUUGGAAGUCCGACAAAGCUUUGACAGAUUAGUUGCUGAAGGACCAAUGCCCAAGCUCUUUGCCUUUGACUUGGAUUACACGCUCUGGCCAGCUUGGGUGGAUACGCACGUCGACCCCCCCUUAAGGCGCGCAUCAGGCGAUGCCAUCAACAAGGUGGUCGAUAGCAACGGCCAACCCCUCUCUUUCUAUCCACACGUGCCAAGCUUGCUGCUGAGCCUUGCCCGGACUUCCAUACCUAUCGCAGCAGCCUCUCGGACUUCGGCCCCGACGGCUGCCAAGCAAGCGCUCAGUGGGCUCUUUCUGAAGGACACUGAUCCUGCGCCGGCCGAUGAGCCACCUCACUCGCCAAGAAGGAGCGUUGAGGAUCGCACCCGCAUCGUCAAAGCUAUCAGUUUGUUCGACUACAUGGAGAUCUACCCAGGAUCUAAGAUCACGCACUUCAAUAGAAUACACAAGGACUCUCGCGUGCCCUACGAAGAUAUGAUUUUCUUCGACGAUGAAAGACGGAACAGUGAAGUCGAGCGCAAACUCGGCGUUCACUUUGUGGAGAUCAGCAACUCGGGACUCGACUUGGAAACAUUUGAAAAUGGCGUACGACGAUGGCGAGCUAAACGCGCUGUCGAGCAGUCUGGCGAAGAAGACCUGGCUGACUCCCCUCCACGUGGACAGCUAUGAAGCGACUCGCCUGACCAACGGCAGACGUUGUGUCCAUACAGCGGGGUGCGCUAUGUCCUUCAAGAACGAUGCCGUGCUAUCGGGAGGCAUAGAAGGGGACACGCGUCACUCAAAUCUAGUGCUCGUUGUUGGAUUCUUUGCCCCAUGCAGUGUGGUGCAAUCCCAUGUCUGAUGAUUCC